UCACAUUGGAGGCACACAACAACCACCAUCGAUUUCUUCGGAUGUAUCUGGAUGCCCUCAUUGUAUACAUGCACUCCCUGAGUGCGGCGAGGCAUGGAGAGAGAGGGCACCGGCGCAAUGGAAUUCGCAUUCCCGCCGUGUUCAGCGCCUGAAUCUGGCUGUGCUUGCGGAGAUUUGCGAUUGAAGAAGCUCAACGCGAUUCCUGCACGUCUCCAUAGACACGCCCAGAUGCAGGCGUUGAGGAAACACAACGCCGCAGGUGGGACCUGGCCCCUGCGCAAGGAUGACGCGCGGGCGAUCAGAUUUGAUUGGUAUAUCGGCAAGUAUCUCCUUCGCUUCUCAUCCUGUUGCGGUUGUGGUGGAGGAGGAGGAGGAGGAGGCAGGGACUUCAAGGAGGCGGCGGUUGAGGUGCGGAGGUGCGUCAGCAUGGCGUCUACAAUGGGAGGUCUUGUACGUAUAGCUGUACGACGCGGAGGCGGCGGUCGCAUUGGAACUUGGGCGCGUGCGCUCCUUUCCGCAGAUAUGCAGACGCGAAGGUACUGCUCGUUAGGCAAUCCACCGAUUCUUGUGCAGAAGCGCGGCUCCGACAUUCUUCACGAUCCGUGGUUAAAUAAGGGAACCGCGCAUCCGAGUGUGGAAAGAGAUAGUCUGGGACUGAGGGGCCUUCUUCCACCUAGCGUGAUCAGUUUGGAGCAGCAGGUGGCGCGCUUCGGCUUGAGUUUUAGGUCACUGGAGAGGAAAACGAGGGAGGGGGAGAGCGAUGAGCGCGCUCUUGCGCAGUGGCGGCUUCUCAAUCGACUGCACGACCGGAACGAGACUCUGUACUACAAGGUGCUGAUCGACAAUAUCAAGGAGUUUGCACCUAUAGUCUACACGCCCACCGUGGGACUUGUGUGCCAGAACUACUCGGGGCUGUUCCGACGCAGUCGCGGAAUGUACUUCAGUGCCAAGGACAAAGGCCUGAUGGCAUCCAUGGUCUAUAAUUGGCCGUCGGACAAGGUGGACGUGAUCGUUGUCACGGACGGGAGCCGAAUUCUUGGACUCGGCGAUCUCGGGGUUCAAGGGAUCGGCAUCCCGAUCGGGAAGCUCGAUCUGUACGUGGCGGCGGGAGGAAUCAAUCCGUCGAGGGUUCUGCCUGUGUGCAUCGACGUGGGAACGAACAACGCCGCGCUUCUUGAGAACCCGCUGUACAAGGGAUUGCGGCAGCCGCGAUUGGAGGGCGACGAGUACCUGUCUGUGAUCGACGAGUUCAUGGAGGCUGUGUACAUCCGAUGGCCGAAGGUGAUCGUGCAGCAUGAGGAUUUUCAGAACAAGUGGGCGUUCAGCUUGUUGAAGCGCUACAGGAACAAGUGCAGGAUGUUCAACGAUGACGUGCAAGGGACCGCUGGCGUGGCUUUGGCCGGCAUUCUUGGCGCCGUACGAGCGAUGGGAAGGCCGAUGUCCGACAUCUCCAAGAUGAGGAUCGUCGUGGUUGGUGCAGGAAGCGCCGGACUGGGUGUUGUGAACAUGGUGCGCGAGUCCAUGGCGAUGACAGAAGGGGUGUCUCCUCAGACGCUGAAGAAGGCGGCGGAGAACUUCUGGAUCAUGGACAGCCGGGGGCUCGUCACGGAAUCCAGGAAAGACAUGGACCCCGAUGUCAAGGAUUACGCAAGGUCUCUGACCGGCAACCUUGCUCUUCCUGAAGGCGCGCCGCUUCUCGAUGUCGUGAAGAAGGUCAAGCCGGACGUUCUUCUUGGCCUCUCUGGCGUCGGAGGCAUCUUCAAUAAACAGGUAUUGGAGGCGAUGAAGCACGAGAGGAACCACCGGCCGGCUGUGUUCGCGAUGUCCAACCCGACGAGUAAUGCGGAAUGCAGCUCAACGGACUGUUUCAACGUUCUUGGCGCCAACUGCGUCUUUGCCAGCGGCAGCCCGUUCCCAGACGUGGCUCUCGGCGACGGGUCCACGGGGAAGGCCAACCAGGGGAACAACAUGUACCUCUUCCCUGGAAUUGGUUUGGGGACUUGCCUGGCGGGAUCGCGUCUUGUGACGGACGGAAUGCUUCAUGCGGCAGCUGAGAGAUUGGCGUCGAUGAUGUCCGCCGAAGAUGUUGCCAAGGGAAUCAUUUUCCCACCCGUAACUCAGAUUCGAGAUGUCGCUAAGGAAGUCGGUGCGGCUGUGGUGAAAGCCGCUGUUGACGAGGAUUUGGCCGAGGGUACAUGGAACGCUGAUGCUCGGGACCUGAGGGCCAUGUCGCAAGAUGAUAUCGUCGACUAUGUGGACCGCAUGAUGUGGUCGCCGGCGUACUCGCCGUUGAUCUACAGCAAGUCUCGCGAAGCUCAUUAACUCAGAUUCGAAGUGUCGGUAGGGAAGUUGGUGCAGCCGUGGUUAAAGCCGUCGUUGACGAGGAUCUGGCCGAAGUCCGCUGUUGUAGUUUUUUUUUUUUUUUUUUUUUUCCACUGAUGUUUUUCAAUCUCUGUCAGCUAAGUAUAAUAAGCUAGAGUGCAUCUCUCUCGAAGGGAGGGGUAAUUCAAAUGCGAUCGCUCUCGUGAAUGACGGUAGGGCUGGUGGCGCCGGCCCGACCUACCGUUUUCGCGCGAAUAGAACGUCAGGUCAUCAUUGGUGCGUUUACACUGCAAGUUGCCCCUGGGCUAGGUCCCACUUACACGAAUUACGCGAUAUUGACCGUAGAUAGCAAAGAUCAACGGCCACAAUCUCUUCAUCCGUGCAAGUGGGAACUUGACCCCCGUAUACAACCAUAAUCACCGGGCGUUCCACUCGGAUGACGAAAGAGCGGUAGCGAUUUGAGGCGAUUUUUUAGAUCAUGCGAUUGAUUGCUCCUUCGAGAUUGUGGUCUCGCGAAUUUGAAUGUGUGUCCGUGCACGCACCUCUCGAGCUCAAAGUAGAAGAAGAAGAGAUUCGGUACUGCAGGAAGAUUUUGACACUUUGGAGCGUCGGUAGAAUUGAGGCGUGGUCGAAGCGCUGCUUUCAGAAUCAAGCAACAGGGCGGAGACUCAUAUAGCAUAUAGCUGCACCAUCCUCCUUUUCCUAGGGAGUAGUUUCUCUGGCAAUUCUCUUUUUUCUUUCUUUUCUUUUCUUUAGAUAUCAUCGUGGAACUGACGGGCCCCAGGUAAUUCAGAAUUCUAAGUUCAUGAGGUCGUAAGAAUUCCUUCAUGAGGUCCCAUCAUCUGGGUCCGAACUCAGUCAGCUCUGCAUUUCAACAGUUUGCGGUUGUGCAUUAUCGUUCUUUUCCUAGUGAGUAGUUUCACUGUCAAUUCUCUUUUUUUUCUUUCUGUUCUUCACUGGGGAUCUCAUCGUGGAACUGAUGGACCCCAGGGUGGAACUGAUGGACCCCAGGUAAUUCAGGAAUUCAAGUCCAUUAGGUCCCAUCAUCUGGGUCCGAGGUCAGGUCUGCAUUUCAACUGUUUGCGGGUGUUCCAGCUGAGCUCAGUCCGUUGGUUUCGAUGGCAAUUCUGGGAGUUCAGGCAUUUUCUUGGAGCGCAGGUAGUUUCCUGCAUGAACAGAGCAAUGAAUGGUGGAAUAGACAAGUGUUCCGCGAUUUCAAAUGUGUGCGAAAGGCUCAUGAAUGGUGGAAUAGGCAAGUGUUCCUCGAUUUCAAAUGUGCGCGAUGGGUUCUCUACAAACGUACGGGGAGGUUGAUAUUAAGUAGGUGGUGGAUCGCUCAGUUGGAACACCUGCUAUCUUCUUGGGUGGGAAGCCCGAACGCUAUUUUUUUGGUGGCAAGCCCAAACGCUAUCUAUUUGGAGUAAAUAGGGCGUAGUCAC